GAAGAGAGAGAUCGUCGGAGAAGGACACCAUGGAAGAGGAAGCCGCCGAACCCUUGUCAAGAAAUCGCCUCUUUGAACUCCAGGCCAUCAUCGCCGAUGCCAAUGGCGACUACCCAUUUGACGAGAUGCCCUCAAGCCCAGCUUCCCUCCUCCACUCCCUCUCCCUCACCAUGGACUCCGGCGGAAAGAUCGGUCUCUUGGCCUCAAAUGUCUACCUCUCUCUCAUCCUCUGCACAGACUCUCCAGUCUACUCCUUCUUCACGCCAGUCGCCUUCCUCUCCUUCCUUCGUUCCCUUCGUCUCGCAGUCAAGGGGCGGCAGACUGAAGCCCGGCCUUCCCAGCCCAAUCGCAGAAAUGACCGCAAAAAGAAGGCCGGCCGUUCUUCUUCCCGUGUGCUUCACCAACCCGAUGAAGAGGAGGCACAAACAGAAGAAGAAAAUGAGGCAAUCGAGAUCGAAGACUUGGUUUCAGUUCUUGAGAAGCUGGAUUCCGUCGUCGGCCGCGUUAGUUUGGAGAGGUUCUCCGAUAGCUUGAAGUCUUUGAUCGAGGCAGUGGUGCAGGUGUUGGUCGUAGCUGCCGAACUCGAGAACGAAACCUCCGGAAAGGUUCGAAAGUUGUCUUAUCGCCGCCCCACUUCUGCUAAAGAUCGGCUGCCGGGUCUCUGCUUCAAGAUUUUCGUCCGUGCCUUGCAUCCCCAGCACGGGGACGUGACAAACAAUUGCGUGGAGGUGUUGAAAUCUCUCUCCCCGCUGCUUGUUUCUCAGAAUUCUCAGAUCCGUUGCCCUGCAAUCGAGUUCGUGACGUCGAACUUGACGGAGAUUGCUAAGGAAUGGCCGGAUGUCAGGAGAGCAAUGGCUGCUCUGCCAAGGUACUUAGCGGUGAAGUCAAACACCGAUAAGAUUGAUUCACGGGCGGUGGCGGUCGAUGCUGUGAUGAAGGUUGUACAGUCACUGGGAUCAGCAGAGCAGUAUGAAUUUGCUGGGUUUGUUGUUAAGAUGUCCGUGGGCAAGGUUCGAUUGAGAAUGAUGGCUAUUGAUCUUAUUGUUGCAGUGCUUGGCUUGCUGCCUGAUCCAUUAGGGAUCAGAGAAGAUGGUUUCGAAAACGACGAUGCAAGAUUUUGUGGACUAAGAUGUCUGGAAGCUUUGAUAAAUCGGUGUUCGGACAAGGUUGCUGGAAUUCGGGCAAGGGCAUUGUCCAAUUUGGCUCAUGCAGUGGAGCUUCUGUCAGCUGACAUAAGAAAUCGAAGUCGAUUGGUGGAAGCUUUGGCAUUUGGAAAUGGAAGCAGGGCUGUUCCAAAUGUUGUCCACAAAGAUAACUUGGAGAGUUUUAAUUCUGAGAUGGGGAGCCAGGGUUUGUUUUUCAACCAACAGACAAUUUCCCCAGAUUUUGGUCCCGGGCCUACACCACUCACUCCCGGCGCUUUCUGUAGAGAUUUGAAUGCAUUGGUGAGGAGGAGGUGCGUGGACGAUAAGGCCGCUGUGAGAAAAGCAGCGCUUCUUCUGAUAACAAAAUCCACUGUUCUUCUCGGAAGGGUUGUUGAUGAAUCAGUCGUAAAGACCAUUGGACUUGCUUGCUCCGAUCCUCUUGUUAGCAUCAGGAAAGCUGCUCUUUCUGCCUUGUCUGAGGUUUUCAGAAGAUUAGCGGACAACUGGGUUAUAACGGAGUGGCUUCGGUCAGUUCCUCAAAUGAUACUGGAUAAUGAGUCUAGCAUCCAAACAGAGUGUGAAAAUAUGUUUCUGGAAUUGGUUUUGGAAAGAAUUUCCAGGGCUGCUGCUGCUAGUAAGAGGGAAAGAUUUUCGGUUGAGGCAAAAGCAAAUUUAGAAUUGGAGCUUGAGUCAAUUUUCCCGGAAGGAGUGUUGCUAUUACUGAAGGAAAUGAGUGACGUUGAUGUGUCUUCAAGUGUGAAGAAGGUCUGCAGAAAUCUUGGCAAGAAAGGAAAGAUUACUGCUGCUGUUGCUCUUGCUCUCCAGAACAUCAUCACCACCUCGGAGUCUCUUUGGUUGAGCAGAGGUCUUGGUGUUGAGAAAUGGGUUGCGCCUGCCGGUGCAUGGAUGCUUCUCUCUAUAAUAUCAGAAUUCCUUCCCAAGGCUGUCGGUUGGAAGUUCUUGCAACACCACUGGCAGCUACUUGACAAGCCCACUGACUUGCAAAGCAAUGCUUAUGUCACCCCUUUGUCUAACAACAAUAAUAGGGAGACAGAUGAGCCUGAUCCAGUGUGCAUUUCUUGGGCUGGGGAUCGAGUGUUCCUCUUACAAACAAUCUCCAAUGUAGCUUUGGAGUUGCCUCCAGAAGCUGCUGCCAAUUUGGCACAUGACCUGCUUUCCAGGCUUGAGGCGUUCGAUAUGCACCCCACAGAGGUUGACGCUCAUGUCCAAGCUCUCACAACUUUAUGCAAGCGGAAAUCUGUGAACUCAACAGAAGGAGAUAUGCUGGUGUCUAAAUGGGUAGAGCAGCUGCUCGCAAAGGCCUUAGCUCUCCUCGAAAAGUAUCUUUCUGAAGUAUCACAAGCCAAAGAUACAAACAAUUUUCAAACUCCAUCUAGGUGCAGCAAAAGUAAACGUAAAGGGAAGCGCCAUACAGGAACUUCUAGUUCUACUGCACCUUCACAAGCUGCAACUGCAGUUUUUACAGUUGGCUCUCUGAUCCUUGUUUGCCCUUCUGCGGAUCUGAAAGGUAUCAUCCCCUUGUUGCAGACCAUUAUCACGUCUGGGUGCUCAGAGCAAAGACCCAAAGACAUUGCUCGUCUGAACUUUUCUAGCGAGCAGAUCUCUUCAUCCUUGUACAUCCAAGCCUGGGUAACAAUGGGGAAGGUCUGCCUUGCAGAUGACAAACUGGCAAAGCGUUACAUCCCUCUGUUUGUCCAGGAGCUUGAAAAGAGUGAUUCUGCCCCACUCAGAAAUAAUAUUAUGAUGGUGAUGACCGACUUUUGCGUUCGGUAUACCGCGCUAGUCGACUGUUAUAUCACAAAGAUAACCAAAUCUCUUCGUGACCCUUGUGAGGUUGUGAGACGACAGACAUUUAUUCUGCUUUCUAGGUUGCUGCAGAGGGAUUAUGUUAAAUGGAGAGGUGUCCUCUUUCACCGAUUUCUUCUCGCUCUUGUUGAUGAAUCAGAGAAGAUCCGAACACUAGCUGAUUUCCUUUUCAGCAGCUUCCUAAAGACUAAGGCACCACUUUUGGCUUACAACAGUUUCGUUGAAGUGAUUUUCUUGCUGAAUGGUUGCAAGGCCCAUGCUGCGCACAGUGAAUUGUACACCGGACAACGUCUUUUCACUUUAAGAGGCAGCGAUAACAAAACGCAAUCGCAAAGGAUGCACAUAUAUACUUUAUUACUUAAACAAAUGGCACCAGAGCAACUUUUAGCCACUUCUGCAAAGCUUUGUGCUGAGAUCUUGGCUGCCGUUGCUGAUGGUUUGCUUAAUCUCAAUGAACCUGGGGCACAGUCCGUUCUAAAGGAUGCUCUACAAGUACUAGCAUGCAAAGAAAUGAGGAUUCAACCCAGCCGAGGUUCAGCAGCAGCAGCUGAUGCAACUGAGAUGGACGAAGAACCAGGGAACAGCAAUGGAACAUUUGUAGCAGCUAAAGGUCGGGUAGUCAGUCAGGUAGCAAAGAAGAACCUGGUCCAGAAUGCGAUUCCGAUAUUCAUAGAACUGAAGAGAUUGCUGGAGAGUAAGAACAGCCCCCUUACAGGAUGCCUGAUGGAGUGUCUGCGUACAAUCCUGAAGGAGUAUCAAGAUGAGAUUGAGGAGAUAUUGGUUGCAGAUAAGCAGCUCCAGAAGGAGCUCAUCUACGACAUCCAAAAGGCUGAAGAAGCGACGGCUAAGUCUGCAGUUUCAGGAGUAAUGUGCAGUGGUCCAAGAUCACUCACUCGCCAAUCUGCUGCAGCUGCUGCUGUAUCUGGGAGUGCUGGUGGACAUUUGAGAAGUGGUGAUGCUAGCAGGGUGGUAUCUGCAGUGGCUGAUAUAGCUGCCUCUGCUACUGCUAAUACUGUACUUAAGGAUGUCAGCAAUGGGGUGCCCACCCCACGCUUGGAUUCGAUGAGCAUACCGAAGGUCAAGGCAGUCUCUAGAACAAAUUCUAGUGGAGGCCACACUUCUGUCGUGUUGGAGUCCUUGAGGAGAAGACAGACUUUUGAUUCAGACAGUGAGGGCUAGUAGUGGCAGCAACCCUGGCCACAUUUUUGGCUUUUGUAAUUUCUUGUUGGUUUCUACAGUGUAAAUUUCACAAGCUCAUAAUGCUCAAAUAAACAAGCUAAUUCUUACACUUCCACUUGAAAAGUAAAAGCCCAUGACAGCUUUCUA